AGUCACAUCACGCGCGUCACGCAACUGGAGCACCCGUGCGCCCCGCAGUACGCGUUGGGAAGUCCGCCGGCGCCGCCGUUGGGGCGAAGACGAGAACUUCCGGUUCCGCCGCAGCCCUCGCAGUACGCGCAGUCGCAUUGCAUCGUUCCCGCGAAUCCCUACUUGACGGAAGAGAUCCCGCACUGGCUGUACAUCUACUCAAAGGCGCCGCCGGAACUCGACCACAAACUCAAG